CCCGCACGCCCUACGCUCUUCCACAGGCCGGGCCGCGCCGCCCGGGACGCUGAGGCGGCGGCGACAGCCGAGGCUGCAGGUCUCGCGCGCCCGGGCCCGCGUGCCUGAGCGGAGGUCGCCAUCCGCCGCGCAGGCCGCGCUCCCCCAGCUCCUGGCGGCAAUGAGGCGCUGAGGCGGCCGCCGGCGCUGCGCGGCCGGACCCGGAGGACGAGGAACCGGCCGGGCCGAGGGCGCGGGGCUCCGGCCUCCCUGAGGCGAGGGUCGGCGUGUGCAUGGCGCAGUGACGAACCCUGCCGCUCCGCCCGCUCCCCGGCCCCGGGCGAGGCCGUCAGGCCGCCACCCCUCCUGCUCAGCCGCCGCCGCCGCCAUGGCCAAUGACAGCGGCGGGCCCGGCGGGCCGAGUCCGAGCGAGCGAGACCGGCAGUACUGCGAGCUGUGCGGGAAGAUGGAGAACCUGCUGCGCUGCAGCCGCUGCCGCAGCUCCUUCUACUGCAGCAAGGAGCACCAGCGCCAGGACUGGAAGAAGCACAAGCUCGUGUGCCAGAGCGGCGAGGGCGCCCCGGGCGCCCCCGGAGCGGGCCAGCACCGGCACCCCGGCCCCGCGCCCACGGCUGCCGCGCCGCCGCCCAGGGCCGGCGGGGCCGGGGCCAGGGAGGCCAGGAAGGCAGCGCCGCGCCGGGACAGCGCCGCCGCCGCCGAGGUUGCGGGCCCGCCGGCCGCCGGAGGCGCGACCAAGGCAAAGGCCAAGCCCGCGCCCGACCCCGCGGCGGCCGCGUCCCCGCCUCGCGCGGCUCCCGGCGGUCAGGGCCCGGCGGCGGCCGAGGCGGAGCCCGGGAAGGAGGAGCCGCCGUACCAGGAAAAAGCGAACCUGUACCCGCCGAGCAACACGCCGGGCGAGGGGCUGAGCCACGGCGGCGGCCUGCGGCCCAACGGGCAGACGAAGCCGCUGCCGGCGCUGAAGCUGGCGUUGGAGUACAUCGUGCCGUGCAUGAACAAGCACGGCAUCUGCGUGGUGGACGACUUCCUGGGCAAGGAGACCGGGCAGCAGAUCGGCGACGAGGUGCGCGCCCUGCACGAUACUGGCAAGUUCACGGACGGGCAGCUGGUCAGCCAGAAGAGCGACUCGUCCAAGGACAUCCGAGGCGAUAAGAUCACCUGGAUCGAGGGCAAGGAGCCCGGCUGCGAAACCAUUGGGCUGCUCAUGAGCAGCAUGGACGACCUGAUCCGCCACUGUAACGGGAAGCUGGGCAACUACAAAAUCAAUGGCCGGACGAAAGCUAUGGUUGCUUGUUAUCCAGGCAAUGGAACAGGUUAUGUACGCCAUGUUGAUAAUCCAAAUGGAGAUGGAAGAUGUGUGACAUGUAUAUAUUAUCUUAAUAAGGACUGGGAUGCCAAGGUAAGUGGAGGUAUACUUCGAAUUUUUCCAGAAGGCAAAGCCCAGUUUGCUGACAUUGAACCCAAAUUUGAUAGACUGCUGUUUUUCUGGUCUGACCGUCGCAACCCUCAUGAAGUACAACCAGCAUAUGCUACAAGGUACGCAAUAACGGUUUGGUAUUUUGAUGCAGAUGAGAGAGCACGUGCUAAAGUAAAAUAUCUAACAGGUGAAAAAGGUGUGAGGGUUGAACUCAAUAAACCUUCUGAUUCAAUCACUAAAGACGUCUUAUAGAGCCUUUGAGCCAGCAAUAGCCCACUUCAACUACAAUAAUCAUUGAUGCUAUUUGUUAACUUGUGAAUGUGAAUAAAUGGGAUAAAGAAAAAUAGACAACCAGUUGGCAUUUUAAUAAGGAAACAGAAACAACUUUUUUGUGUUGCAUCAUAAAGAAGAUUUUGACUGUGUGGCUUUGUACUGCAUGAUUGACUCCAAACCUGUGAUUGCUUAUGGGAAGAAUAUAAGCUAUCAACUGAAAAUGGUAUUUACAUCUGGACAUGAAAUAAGUGCCCUAGGUAGAACUUCUUCAUUCUUAUAUUUUGCCAGAUCUGUCAUCUAACUGAGUUCAUUUCAUCUCUCCCUUUUUUAUAUAGUCAAGUUUGAAUUUGAAGUAAUUUUUGUAUGAUCAGGUACAAUUUAUCAAAACUGAAUUGAGAAAAAAUUACAGCAUUAUUCCCCAAGAUAGUAUCAAUCUAUUUUUGUAAACUGCUUCGUACUAUUAAAUUUUGCUCUAAAAGACCUCUUAAAAUGAUUGUUGCCAGUGACUGAUGAUUAAUUUUCUUUUUUACUUAAAAAUAAGAAAAGGAGCACUUUAAUUAUCAACUGAAAAAUCAGAUUUUGUAGUCCUGUCUUAAACUAAUUUGAACUCUAAAGAUUGCUGCUGUCAUUUUUUUGACAUCGUUAAUAAUGAAACAUAACAGUAAAACCAUCACCAUUUACUACCAAUAACUUUUAGUUCAUGUUUUAUAAGAAAAAAAUACAAUAAGCAGGUUUUAUCUUUUAAGUUAAAUUUUUUUAAAAACUAAAGUGACUGGCACUAAACAAACUUGAGGUUAUCCUUAGCAUCAAGUUCCCAAGAUAAAGGGCUUUCUUAUGCUUUUACGUGUAUCCUAUAGAUGUAGAAGAUAAUGUCUUCUUUCCUAAGACUUUUCCUUUUACUUCCCGUCAAGUUGCUUGUACUUCCAAUUUUGCUGUUAUGUUUUCUUCCUACUCCUAUGACCCAUCUGAUCUGCAGAUCAGAACCUUAUUUUUGUUGGAUAGCAUCAAGGGGAGACUGUGUGCAUCGAGACUGAACUAUGUUAUUACAAACUUGCUCUUAGUGACUCCUCAGACCACUGCAAGGCGUUCCCCAAACGUGAUGCUGGCCUCUUUAUCAGUACUGAAAGAUGUAUGUUUAGCUUAAAAAAAAAAUGAAGCGAUAAACCAGGUAAUUU